AUGGCGCUCAACGGUAUUGCAGUGCUUUUCAACGCGCCACAACUCACGUCCUCUGUGCAUUCGAACUCGUUGCUCCAAUACAUCCCCACCAUCGCAACAUCUGCGUACACGAAGCUUACGAGCAUAACAUCCAACAAAAUGGGCUCAUUUAGCGUUCCCGAAUCCCCAUUUCCAGCGCGGCCUGCGAAGUCGGCGGCCACUGCGAAAAAGCCAUCUUCAAGAACACAUGACGCCAAUACGUCCAUAGGCAAGCGCAAAGAACGCGCCAAUUCAGACGAGUACGGAGGUAACGGGGGAAACCAACCUUCAAAAGCGAAAAAGAAAAAGCGAACAUCGUUGGACGGUCGUUCUUCGGGAAAGAAAGCGAUUGACUCCAGUCCCUCUUCAACACCAGAAACGCAUUCUAAGCACAGCCAUGAAAAGGCGCCACCGAAUGGCCGCCCGACGAACCAUGAACCAACUUUCGCGCAAAACCGUCGAUCGGAACCACCUCAAUAUCCGCCUCUAAACGCAUGUGGACACACAAUCCAUCCCGUCUAUAGCGAGAAUUACGCCAAAGCCAUGUGCCUGAUGUGUAUAGUGGAUGCCUCAAUGAAGACACUCCAGCACAUCCAAGAGUUCAUCAACGCCCAUGAUGGCUUGUCUCAAUGGAAAGAGAACCUCGAGGGUCACUAUGCUAAGUCGACUUACCAUGUCGCCAGUCUGGGUGGUAAGAAGGGGAAGAAUGUGAAUGGAACAGAUGUGUCUUACAGACAUUGCAAAAGAAACCUAGUCAACUUGAUCAACGAGAUAGAAGAUCUUUCCGAGAUGGAGCUGGCCUGGGAAGCGAAACAGCCUCCUGAGAACAAGGACGUUCACGUGCAACAUGUCCGACUCAGGAAGCAGUACAGUGCUACAGCUGCACUGCACUGGUACAGAGACACUGAACACAACGGCUUCAUCGGUCGUGUCGAGGAGGACUGCGAGUCCUUCAGUCAACGCCUUGGUCGGCGCUGGACAAUCGCAAGUGAUCCAGACUUCCCUGACCGAGAUGGUCAUGAACAAGAUCUAGAAUGGAAAUCGCUCAAGAAAAUCCAGCAUAAGCUUCUCAACGAAUCCGAUAUCCCCAAGGUUCAAAGGACCGAUGUCGCAGAGCAACUGCCUAGGCGAAAGCGCCGACGAGAAGGCGCAAGCGUUUCAUGGAACGAAAAUGUUUACGUUCGUACAGAUGCCGACGUGGAUGUGCUCCGUAAGGCAUUUCGCACAACUCCACUCGAGGUCACACGAGAGCUUAUUCCCGCUACACCAGUCGCGAACGGCUCGAACCCUAUUCGCCCUCACUACGUCAUCCCGCUGAGCCGCAACGGGCCUCCGAGAGACGUUGCUAGGAGCUCGAUGUGCAGGCAUAGACGACGGUACGUGAAGGGACAAUGGGCAGUUCCGGAGGGGAGCGAAAUCAUCGAUACCAGUGGAUCGCAAGAACUUCGACGUCCAUGUCGCGAAUAUGGAGCAGCUGCAGAUCGAGGCUGCAAAGAUGGACGGAGAAGACCUUGGCGGGGAUACAGAGAUGAGGGACGCUCCUGCCGCCGAUGCGCAAAGAUCAACACCACAGCCGUCGCGGUGGUCGCCAAGCCUUGGGGGCCGACUGGUGAAUUGCAUCGCGAAUCUUGGGGUGUUCACUUUCCCGGGUUUUGA